GAUGGAACUACGGGUAGGCAGAAGGGACAAACAACUUUAAAUGUACAACUUCACUAGAAAAUUGUGUUUUAUUCUAUCAACAACGUUGCAAAUCUUUUUAUCUUUGGAGACUUUUCCAAUGGAAUAAUCUCAGUUAGUGUUAAUGGUUUAAAUCCUUCAUUCUUGCUGCUCAAAUUUAGUCAUUUUGAUUUGCAUCAUUAGCUUGACAGUGAACAUGGCUGCUGUCUUGUUGAAAGUACAUCCUCACAAGGGUCUGAGAGUGUUCUCACAUGCGUUGCUAUGGACCUCAGGAUCGGUGCGUUGUGCAUCAGUGGCGAGGAUAGAGAAAGUCCUCAUAGCCAACAGAGGAGAGAUAGCCUGUCGGGUGAUGCGGACUGCACGGAAGAUGGGUGUCCGCUCUGUGGCGGUGUACAGUGAUGCUGAUAGACAUUCUAUGCAUGUGGCCAUGGCAGAUGAAGCUCAUUACAUUGGUCCAGCACCCUCCCAACAGAGUUACUUGAGCAGUGAGAAAGUUCUGGAGGUGGCUAAAAGAUCUGGUGCACAGGCUGUCCAUCCUGGUUAUGGUUUCCUAUCCGAGAACACAGAGUUUGCUGAGCAGUGCAAACAGGAGGGCAUCAUCUUCAUAGGCCCUCCCUCAUCAGCCAUUCGAGACAUGGGAAUCAAAAGCACAUCCAAGUACAUCAUGUCGGCUGCAGGGGUGCCCAUCAUCGGGGGUUACCAUGGAGAGGACCAAUCAGACGAGACGCUUCAGGCGGAAGCUGCGAAGAUUGGCUAUCCAGUAAUGAUCAAGGCAGUGCGUGGGGGUGGUGGAAAGGGAAUGCGAAUCGCUCCGACUGAGGCUGACUUCCAUGAACAGCUGGAAUCUGCACGCAGGGAGGCCCGCAAGUCCUUCAAUGAUGAUGUCAUGCUUAUAGAAAAAUUUGUAAAGAACCCCAGGCAUGUGGAGGUGCAGGUGUUUGGGGACCAGCAUGGCAAUGCCGUGUAUCUCUUUGAGAGAGACUGCAGCGUCCAGAGGAGGCAUCAGAAGAUCAUAGAGGAGGCGCCCGGGCCUGACAUAAGCCCUGAGGUGAGAAAGAAACUGGGCGAGGCGGCAGUGCGUGCAGCCAAGGCCGUCAAUUAUGUGGGAGCAGGCACUGUGGAGUUCAUCAUGGAUGCCCAGCACAACUUUUUCUUCAUGGAGAUGAACACCCGUCUCCAGGUGGAGCACCCUGUGUCUGAGAUGAUCACCGGAACAGACCUGGUGGAGUGGCAGUUAAGGGUUGCAGCAGGGGAGAAGCUGCCUCUGACUCAGGAGGAGAUCGUUCUGAACGGUCACUCGUUUGAGGCGCGCAUCUACGCCGAGGACCCCAACAACGACUUCCUGCCCGGGGCGGGCCCUCUGCUGCACCUGUCCACCCCGCAGGGCGAUGAAGUCACCCGCAUCGAGACCGGCGUUCGAGAAGGCGACGAGGUGUCCGUGCACUACGACCCCAUGAUUGCCAAGCUGGUGGUGUGGGGAGAGGAUCGAGCCGCCGCGCUGAAGAAGCUCCGAUACUGCCUGCGCCAGUACAACAUCGUGGGUCUGAACACAAACAUAGACUUCCUCCUGAGUCUGUCGGGUCACCCAGAGUUUGAGGCGGGGAACGUUCACACCGAAUUCAUCCCUCAGUACUACGAGCAGCUCUUCCCCGCCCCAAAGGCCCCCUCCAAGGAGGUGCUGUGCCAGGCAGCGCUGGGCCUGCUGCUCAGAGAGAGGACGCACACACAGGAGUUUAACAGCAGCUCUAAUGACCCUUUCUCUCCGUUUGGCUUCAGCAGUGGCCGUCGUCUGAAUGUGCUGUUCAACAGAACCAUGACCCUUCAGCUGGGAGAAAGCAAGGUGCAGCUGCUGGUCACAUAUAACGCAGAUGGAACAUACAGCAUGAAGACUGGAGGCGAGGUGUUCCAUGUGUCAGGGGAGCUGCAGAAGGAGGGCGACGCCACGUACCUGAGAUGCUCGGUCAGCGGCACCAUGUCCCGGCCCAAACUGGUCAUCCUGGACAACACCGUGCACCUCUUCUCCAUGGAGGGCAGCGCUGAGGUGUCUGUGCCCGUGCCCAAGCACCUGGCGGGCAUCAGCGUGUCUGGGUCUCAGGCUGGUGCAGUGGCACCCAUGACGGGCACCAUUGAGAAGGUACUGGUGAAAGCAGGCGAUUCAGUAAAGAAGGGAGAUCCUUUAAUGGUGAUGCUUGCCAUGAAGAUGGAGCACACCAUCCGUGCUCCUAAGGCAGGAGUCAUCAAGAAGGUGUUCUUCAAGGAGGGCUCUCAGGCCAACCGGCACGCUGCUUUAGUGGAGCUGGAGGAGGAGGCAGAGGCCGAGGUGGAGGCGGAGGCCAGCGCAUAAGAUCUUGCCUGAGUCUGAGCGACUGAGGAGGGAGAUGGUACUGUAGAUGUCAUAGGAGAUAUAUUAUAGGAGGGAGAGACUGGCGGGUGUUAAUAGCUGUAGUUACUAUUAUGUGAGGAGUCAGUCAGUCAGCACUACAUAUUGUGGUUUGGAUCACGCUGUACAGUUGCCUUGAAGAUUCCGAACUAUUGCCUUUCCCCUUUUGGGGACAGAUGGAAAAAAAGACUGUAAAUUAUAUUAAAGUGUUUGUAUGUUUUCUAAUCUCAGCUUGUCUUUUUAAAAACAUAUGGUGAGCUUUUGGGUCCUCUUGACUUUGCUUUUGUGUGUUUAGUGUGUCAUCUCACUAGUGUGGGCCUUUCGUCCUUUUCUCUCUGUUCUUCUGUGCUCUUCCUGUUUUUGUUUUUGUUUGCCUCUCGGCCUUUUUCCUUUUUUUUCUUCAGCCCUCUGUGAAGCCUGUGUGGUUCCUCCCAAAAAAAAAAAAAAAAGAAUCUUUUGACUAACCGCCAGGCGGAUCUUCUUUCGGCUCAUAUAUUGUGAUCAGUGUUGGCUGGUAAGACGUGUGCCCCUCUGAAAUGUUUCCAGCGGAGGCCUUUUUCAGGCUGCCUGGCUGCGUGGAUGAGGCCCUCUGUCACGAGCAGCUUCUUGUAAAGAUCAAGUUUCCCCCUCUAAGCCCAGAGGUAAUGUAGCAUUCUGAAUGUUCCAUUAAGCGUGAUCAAAAGCUUCAUCAUGUGAACACAAGCAGGCCUAACCUGUGGGUUUUAUAGGUCAUUUUUUUGGGCAAAUGUUUGAUGAUGAUGAUGAUGAUGAUGAUCAAAUGGCUGUGGAUGAGAAGUUGGGACGGUGUGCAGCUGAGGCCCUCCUGUGUUCCUGGAGUGAUGAAAAGGGUGCCUUGAUGUUGACAUACAACACCAUCUCAAUAUUUUUGCCUCAAAUCAUGGUCACUGAAAUAAACAUUUUCUAUGCAGAUGUCA